AAAGGCAAAGGUAAGCGCAAAGGCCAGGGCAAGGCGAAAAACUCCCAUCCGAGCAAUCUCAUAAAACCCCACUUCCCACCCAAUGUGAAACAUUGGACGAAGACGAAAUCACACGUUGUGGUUUGCCUGUCGAAGAUGGAAAUAUUAGAUGCAAAGUCCAUCAGACACAAUAUCGAAAAAUGUAUAUCAAGUACAAGGAAGCAAGCAAGUUCGUGGACGAGACAAAAUCAGGGAGGGAGAUGCCCACCAAGGAACUGAUUGCAGGCUAUACAGACGUGGCAUCGAUUUUGGAGAAAGCUCGGUGGAUGCGUAAAUAUCUCGAGGCUAUCCGAAUCGAGAGAACUGGGCGCGGGCGGUUUUGCGCUAAAGGUGACGAUGGGCAUAAAACUCGUCUCAAGUUGCUCGAAAAGCAGAUGGUCCAAGCAAUAGAGAUCUUAAACCACACGGUCAACAACCCUGCCCGGGAAUGGGCCAAGAGCUUCCAGACAACACCUCUUAUUCCUACUUCCUCUGACCUUCUUGCGAUCAAAAGUAUCACAAACUCCAUUGAACCAACGCCACAAAACGAGCAGCAGAGAGAAUCCGUGCCUAAGGCUGGCAUCAAUACCGUUGAUGCGAAUUUGAUUGAUAUGGAACUACGAGCGAUAAAGGCUCGACUUUUUUUGGGUCAAGAACUGAAUGACAACAAAAAGUCAAAGUCUACCAGGAUAUCAUACCCGGGCCCAAUAUCUUCGUCGUAUUGUGCUGCAUGAACCUGUACUGUCACUGAAAGCCACCAACAAAGUAUCGUUUAAAGAUCUUAACUUGGAUGAAGAAUUCAGACCAGAGGAUGUUGAACGGAUUGGAGUUCUUUUAGGCAAACAGAUGCAAAU